CAAAAGCCGGCGAGUCGAAGCCGAAGUGACAUUUGUCAGCUGUGUGAUAUGUAAUAUUGACUUUGUAUUUUUGUUGAUUUAUUGUUGGGUUUUAUAUGGUCUGUGUGCUUGUACAGACAAAUAAGCAACAUGUCUUCUCAUUGUCUGAAAUACGUGACAUUAUGACUAUUAUCUUAAACGUUGAUUAUAAAGGCCACAUUUCAUUAUGAGUGGGCAACUUGACAUUGUUGUACACACACACAGCCGCUUGGAUGGCAAAUGGCUGAAGACAGACCUGCAGCAAGCACUUAGCACAGAUGGACUUGCUCAAUUAUGGAAUGAGAUGGUGAAGGAUGGGGAACUCACAGGCUCUUUCAGUGAUGGUUUAUUAAAUUCUGUUGGUAUUACAGCCCACAAAGGUGAGAGUGGUCAUUAUUAUUGUGGUCUGCGAGUCCUCACUUGUCCAUGUUGUGAUGGAAUAUGUGGUCCCCAAACUGGUUGCAACUGUAGUCCCUGCCAGCGACUUGAUCGUGAAGAGGCAGCUCGAGUUGAAGUUAAAUCUGCUGAUCCUGCACCUUCACAACUACAAAUAGACAGUUGGGUAUGGGGACCUCAGCCAUCUGUUGAACAACUUAAGUUGUGCAUUAAAUCUCUCAACUAUGAACAGAAGGUUUUAUGCCAUGAAGCUGCUAGCAGUACCCUCUCAGCUUGUAGAUUAAGGCAGAGGUUGAUGGUCGCUCAGAGAUACUUUGUUGCACUUGGAAGACACUUGCCAGCAGAUGAUAGUAGACCUCUUAUGAAAACAACUUUAAAUGGAGCCAUUGGAGACCACAGAGGCACAAAAACUGCAGAGAAGGCAACCAUCAGCCUCGCUAAAGUCGGUUGCAGAGCAGCACUUAAUUUCUCAUUUGCAUUUCUAAGGAGAGCAUGGAGAUCAGGUGAAGAUGCUGACUUGUGCAGCGAAUUACUUACUGAAUCUCUUGAGGCUUUACAAUCUCUUCCCGAAGCAACACUGUUUGAUGAAAAUUCUGUCUCGCCUGUAUGGCUGGAAGUCAUUGAAAGAUCAGACAGAUUUCUGCAACAAGUGGUACUAGGGGAUGUGAACAGUACUCGGAGCUGGUGUGAAGUUCCUGUCAGUGAUCAGCAUACAGCACUCUGUUUACUUCUUGAACUUGCAGUCCAAAGAGGUGCACUCAGCAAUAUACUUGAUGCUGUUAUUUUACUUCUCAGUUUAUGGGAUAGAGGGAAGUACCAAGUGGAUAACAGGGUUGUAUCAUCUGGAACCAGUGCACCUCUGAUUCCAUUAUUGAGGAGAUUUGAAAAAGUAUCAUGUUCUAAAAUUGGUCCUUUAAAUGCUCCUUGGGAUGAAAAUGCACAAAUUAUGAUUAGCCCAACUGAGUGUUUCUUGAGAUACCUACAGUUGCCAGACAAUGAUAGUAUUGCUGUUGACUUGAAACAGGCUGCUGUAGUCAUCAUGUCACACUUGGAUAGGUUAGCGGCACCUCAUGCCCCUCCAGCAACCUUUAUUAAGGUACAGAAUAUGGGGCAGUACCAAGAAGUGCUGGCAUGGGGUUGGUUGGCAUGGAGCAGCUGUACAGAUUCAGGAAUGGUACCUCAGUGUUGUGAAACUAUUGGAGAAUUGGGAGUUGCCCAGAUAGUUUGUGCAGAAAGAUGUCUACUCAUUCUUACUAAUGCUGGAAAAGUGUUCAUUGUAUACUACAGCUCUGAAAUGCUGUGUCCUCAACAAGUUGAAGGUUUUGGUGACAAGGAAGUGGUGAAGUUAGCUGCACACCCAGAUGGGAAACACUUCCUUGCAUUAACUUCUGAUGGAGGUGUGUACUCAUGGGGUAGUGGUGAUGGUGGGAGGCUGGGCCAUGGAGACAGCAAUUCCAGGGAUGAACCUACACUCAUUGAAGCACUCGAUGGAAAACAUAUGGUCCAUAUUGCAUGUGGUAGCGCGUACAGUGCUGCUGUUUCUUCUUCUGGAGACUUGUACACAUGGGGAAGAGGCAAUUAUGGAAGACUUGGGCAUGGAUGCAGCGAAGAUCACUCUGUACCAACUAUAGUGGCAGGUUUGAAAGGCCACAGAGUGGUAGAUGUUGCCUGUGGCAGUGGAGAUGCACAGACACUGGUUGUAACAGAUGCAGGGUUGGUAUUUUCUUGGGGAGAUGGAGAUUAUGGGAAAUUAGGUAGAGGAGGAAGUGAUGGUUCCAAGACACCAAAGCUGAUUGACAAGCUCCAGGAUGUUGAUGUGGUGAAGGUUUACUGUGGGGCACAGUUUAGCCUGGCACUUACAAAGACAGGCUCUGUUUAUUCAUGGGGCAAGGGUGACACACACAGAUUAGGACAUGCCUCUGAGGAACAUGUGAGGUUCCCAAAACUUAUUGAGAUCUUACAAGGGAAACGAGUUGUAUCACUAGCAGUGGGCUCUGUUCAUGUACUUGCAUUGACUGAUGAGGGUGAGGUGUAUGGCUGGGGGAGAAAUGACUACGCUCAGGUCGGAGAGACGACAGGCAGCAGCGUCCUUGAGCCCACCCUUAUUACUUCUCUUCAGGGGAAAGUCAUCAUUGGAAUGGCCUGUGGACCAACUCAGAGUUUUGCCUGGAGCAGUAGUAGUAACUGGAGUAUCAACCUACGUGUUGCGUUUGUGGUAGAUGUCUGUGAAGAGACAUUCCAAAUGCUUGACCAGCUCCUGAGCCUUGUCUGUGAAGGUGUUAGUGGGAAUCUGGACUGGCCACCACCACAAGAUAAGGAAUGUAUGGCUGUAGCAUGCUUGAAUCUUCUCAAACUGCAGCUUCAUGCAAUGCUAAGCCACAGUGUGGAUGUCAGUUGUGUUGGUUUAGGACCAAACACCAACUUGUUGUCUAGCCUGAAACAGCAUGUGGUGGAGUUAGCCAGCAAUAUUGGUGUCCUGAACACAAUCCAGUCAGCAGCACAGGCCACGUUGCAGGCUGGUUGGAGCAUUCUGCUGCCAACAGCUGAUGAACGUGCUAAAACUCUGUCAGCACUUCUGCCAAGUACAGGUUCAGAUCCUUCUGCAGUAAGUGCAGGCCACCGCUUCAUGACUGAUCUCCUUGUUUCUAGUCUGAUGGCAGAUGGGGGUUUGGAAACAGCCUUGAAAGCUGCAUUUAAAGUGGAACUGGGAGAACAUUCAGAAAAUGAUGAAAGAAAAGUCCACAUGUCAGAUCAAGCCUUGCUGGAAACAGAAUCAAAACGGGCGAAAGAUGCUUCUCUUCAUGAAAAGCACAACUCCACUGUUCCUCUCCUUCAUCUAGUCAAAUUACUUCUCAGGAAUGGUUCAGCAUUAACACAAGCAAGGUUACAGGCUGUUCAGAACUGUGGAACAGUCCGUCAUGAAUCGAGAGAAAAGCAUGAGAGAUCUCCAAGUUUGAAUCUAUUAUUGAGGUUUCAGAGGCUUCUGAUAGCUCAGAUUUAUUCUCACAGUCACAAAAUGAAGUCUUCGAACUCACAGCAAGAUCAAGAUGUUCUGGGAGCAGAGUCUUUACUCACAAAAUACAUUUAUCAGCUAUGCAAUCAUAUCACUGAAACCCUGCCAGUAGCCUCAAGUUUGGCAGCAACAAGCAGUAGACACUUCUCUCAUGUUGUUUCAAUUCUUAAAGGUGAUGUGAUAGAUGUACUGUUACCAGAGUUGAUCGUGUGUAUGAUCUUAUUACAACUGGAGGUUCCAUUACUCUUGCAUCAGGUGAAUUGGGUCCAAUUGCUUGUGCCCUUACUUGACACUUUGGAUAAGUUCAACCGCCUGGCAUCAGGGGUUGACAAGGAGGAUGCAGAGGAUCUGUCUUGGCCAGGGAUAAUAGCACCACAACACAGUUUAUCUGGCCAGAAGGCACCGGAAGACAUACCAAUGAUCAGAAAAGCUGACCUAGAAAAUCACAAUAGAGAUGGUGGGCUUUGGAUUGUUGUUGACAGAAAAGUUUAUGAUGUUCAAGAUUUUAGAGCUCAAGCACCAUGCGGCAGUGAGCUGCUCCAGAGGUAUGCUGGGCGAGAUGCAACUCAACCCUUCCAUACAGCUGCACAUUCACAGGCAGCCAGGGAGAUGAUGCAAGGCUUCCUUGUGGGAUAUUAUAUGGAACCAGAGCAAGAGGUGGUUCAGGCAGUGGAUGUGAAUAAUGUGGGCUCCCCGUUGAUGGACGUGGAACGAAACCUUGCAUUUCUCCUGGGUUUGCAUGCUCACUGGUUGUCACAGAGUACAGCCUUACAGCCUGCAGAAGAAGAAGCACAACAGUGGCUGCAUGCUGUAUUUCUGCGGGGAGGUCUUCAGGUUCUGCAGCCGCCAAAUCCAUAUGAAGAAGAAAAGGGAGAAGCACGAAGCACUAGCUCGACAGCUGGCACAACGCCUACUGAACCCAAUACUCCAAAGCUGGAGGGACUGCAUAAAUGGACACUUGAUAGAGCAGCACCAUUUCUGCAGGCCUUGGCAGAGCAUAGGUCUACGGAUCCAUAUGUCCGCACAUUUCUGAGUAUUGUUGAACGUUACUGCAAGUUACAUCAUCUGAUGAUGCAUGGAGACUUAUCAGCAGACCAUCCUGUAGAAGAAGUGGGAAGGCUUUUAAUGGCUCUUCUGAUAAAACAUCAAGGUUUAGGUUUCCAAGUUAUUGCUCUCAUAGACCAAGAAAUUGAUGGCAGUGGAAUUUCUGUCAAAAUACCUAAGCAACUGAUUGAUAUCAUCAGAACAGUCCAUCAGACAAAAUGGAAUCUAAUAAAAACAAGACAAGAGAUGAACCGUUCAUAUAAAGAAGUCUGUGCGCCUGUAUUGGAUAAAUGCCGAUUCCUGUUGCAUGAAAUUCGAGCUGCUACAAGUUUUGAAGUAAAAGCUCUGCAUCACUUGCAGCUUCUUCACACAGUUCCUAGAUGGAAGAAAACUGUGAAAAACAUUAUUUCUGAUAACAAAUUGAGAAAACACAUGCCAUGUGCAAAACCAGAGGACAUUUUGAAUGCAAGCAUACAGAGUCAGGGUGUGGAAGCAAAGUGCAAGGAGAAUGAAGAAGAGACUGAGUCAUGGACCAGGGAUGAAAAGAAAGAUGAAGAUGAGGAAGAAGAGGGGGACAAAGGCUGGGACAGUACAAUGAAUCUGCUUUUGCAGAUUGCAGAAAAGCAGCAGAACAACAUGCAGUGUCCAGAUAGUGGUAAGAUAACAAAUGCCGUAAUUGAUUUUGUGAUGCAGGAGGAAAGUGGAGAUGUAGAGACAUUAAGGAAAGCUUUAUAUUGUCAGGUUCAAAGAGCAAGAAUCAGGAUACAAGGAAACGAGAUGAUGUAUGAACUCUUAAAAAGGGAUUAUUUGAUAUCGUCUGUUAAAUACACAUUACUAAAUGGUUGGUUAGGCCUUGCACAUAAGAAACACAUCCUAAGGGAAGGUUUGUCUUAUUGUCUUGAAAAUAUCCAGUCAGUAAAUCCAUACCAAAAAGUAGAAGUGCUCCUAUCACAAGCCAGGAUUACAUCAUGGGCUGUAGCAACAUUACGUGAACAUGUCCUACUGGCUGAGCAACCAAGAAAGACUCAUAAACUGAAAGGCAAAGGUUCAUUGAACCAAGGAACUUACAGUUGGCUGAGGAAACUACCCUGGGCAAGAUUUCUGUUGACAAUCUUGGGCAUGCUGACAGGACACCAUCAUGGCAAUGAAAUAAGCUUGAUCGUAAAUUCUGGUGUUCUGGCUCUUAUACAGUCUUUAAUGAGGCAAAUGGGACCAGAAUUCUCAUCAUGCAUAGAGGAUAAAAAUAAGGAUUUGUUUGCGAUAUAUGAAGACACUCUGCAAAAGAAUUCUCCUCCAGCCAUCAUAUUGAGUGGCCCAGAACUUGCAAGUAUGAUGAAGAUUGGAACUCGUGUUGUGAGAGGUGUGGACUGGAAAUGGGGGGACCAGGAUGGACCACCACCUGGUGAAGGAAGGGUCGUAGGAGACUUAGGAGAAGAUGGUUGGAUUCGUGUCCAGUGGGAUAAUGGUUCCACCAAUUCUUAUCGGAUGGGUAAAGAAGAUAGGUAUGAUUUGAAAUUAGCAGAGCCUCCAACACCUGCAGAGACAGACACUGAUUCUGACACAAAUGAUGAAGCCACAAAACCACCCUUGAGACUCAACUGUAAGGAUGCACAUCCUACUAAACUUCUGAAACAAGCUUCAUUGACUUUACUUAGAACCAUUUCAAUUUGCUGUGGAAUCAAUGCUGAUCAAGUUCAGCCAUCAUCAACAAAAAUAUUUUGUUCACUAUUGCGGGAUAUAAUUCAGACAGCAAACAAAGCAUCAGACUCACCGUCACAGACACAGCUGUUGGCUCUGAAUCACCAUGUAGAGUGGGCCACUCUUGGUUUCACAAGAGCAAUUGCAUCAUCAUCUGCAAUGUGUCGGGCCCUCAGUACCCCAGCAUGGCUGCAUUUACUGCUCUCCAUUGUCAGUGGCCAAGACAGUUCCAUUGUCAUAACAUUACCCAAACAGAUCUUGUCACUACGUUUAUUGCAAGCAGUGCUCCCAGCUUGGGAUGUAAAUCCCACUGAAAGGUUGUCUCUUCUCGAGAAAUUGUUUCAUCUUCUGGGUUAUACUGCUCUGCUUUGUCCAGCUGAUUCUACUGUGCAACAUACAGGAUUCAGCCGAGGCUUGAAGUCUGGUGCAGUUCGAGUGUCUUUAACAGCAUCACAUUCAAGUACUGUUGCAGAAGAAUGCAUUACCUUGCUUCGGUCUCUGCACAGCUUGCCAGUCUGGAACCAGGCACUGAAUCAUAUUCUAGCAAACAAAUUAUCUGUGGCAGGGGAUUUGCUUAUAGAAGGUCCACUUUUUCAUGUCCAUCAAGUCAAUGAAGUUGAAGCAGACCAGUCACUGGGCAUUCAGUCAGCUGUUAUGACAGCAUUAUCAGUUGUCGGAGGACUGGAUUCCAGGCCACGAAUUGGAGGACUUGUAAUUGCUGAAGGAUUAGGACAAGGAACUGUUUGCCAUAUCACUCAGCAUGGGAAGUUGGUUGUUCAGUUGCAUGAGACUGGCACCGUCAAAAAGCUGUCAUUGUCAACCGUAGUGCCAUUACAAACUGCACAAUUUGUGUUGGACAAGACUCUUAGGUCUGAGCACAUGCUUGAUACAUGGGCCACUCUACUGUCUCUUUUGUCACAACACCAUAGCGACAAGCGGCAGCCAGGAGCUGUGCCUGGAAUGGUGAAUAUAUCAUUAUUGAGAACUCAGCAAAAACGUCUGGCAGCCAUGAAUGCAUGCAUUGUUCUCUUUCGGCAUCAGAAUUUGCUCAGACAUGUCCUUAAACACCACACACUAGGGUCAUCACCAUCACUUGAGAUCCUUAAUGAAGGAGAAGAGCUUGACCCUGUAUCUGAAACAUUGCUUAUUCAAAAAUUAAUUUCUAAAGCUACUCAACCUUCGCCAUUGAAGGCUGCUGCGCUAAAUAUAUCACAGUAUUUGGCUACUGAGGUGAAGGCACAGAUGAAGAGGGGCAGUGAAGUGGCCACACCAGCCAGUGAUUGCUCUUUGCCUUCUCCCAUGUCUUCAAGCAACAAAACAGGAAGUAAACAUAAGAGGGUGCGACCACCAUCACCACCAUUGUCUCCAUUAGUUGGACAGCUCACAGAGAUGGGUUUUGCACGACGAAGUGUGGAGUGUGCCAUAAAAUUUUUCGGAAUUGCAAGUGAAAUUCCACCAAGUCCUGAAACAUUGGUUGGAUGGUUGUUGGAACGUCCAGAUCAUGCACUUUGUAAUUCAGACACUGUUUCAUCGUUUGAUGGCCUAUCUGAUACAGAUUCCAUAUCUGAGGAGGUGGAAGACAUGACAGCUUCCCAUACAGAAGGGGCAGUUUCUUCUGCAGGCUAUAACCAGCGUUCAGACUUCCUCAGUAAUGAUGAAUAUGCCAUGUAUAUCCGUGAUAACAUUGCAGAUGGCAUGCUUGUACGUUGUUGUAAGACAUAUGAGGAAGUUCAUGAGGGGGAUGUUGGGCGUGUACUCAAAGUUGACAAUGAAGGUCUGCAUGAUCUGAACGUUCAGGUUGACUGGCAACAUAAGGGGAGUACGUACUGGGUAAGAUUCAUCCACAUUGAACUUCUAGGAUUCCCACCUUCCAACCCCAGUUUACACCCCAUCAAGGUUGGAGAUAGAGUGAAAGUGAAAGCAUCAGUGAAGAAUCCAAAGUACAAGUGGGGUUCUGUGAAUCACACUAGUGUUGGAGUUGUGACAAAUAUAAGCAGUAAUGGAAAAGAUGUGAGUGUGGAUUUCCCACAGCAAACCAACUGGACUGGAAUCAUAGCAGAGAUGGAGAUAGUUCCUUGUUGUCAUCAAGGCAUUAGCUGUGAUGGUUGCCUCAUGUACCCUGUUACUGGGCCACGAUUCAAAUGCAAAGCCUGUGAUGAUUUUAAUUACUGUGAAAAUUGUUUUUAUACCAAAAAGCUUCAUCGGCAUAGUUUUAACAGAAUAGCUGAACCAGGUAGUGCAGCAGUGUUUGCAGGGAAGCCAGGUAGAUACUACAGACAGGAUAUGUCUUUAGCUUUAAACACUGGGUUAAUUGAAGACUGGUCCAAGUGUAUCAAAACUGUGAGUGUUUCAUCACGAGAAACUUGGGCUCAUCGGCUUGUUGAUGGUUCGGAUAACUACUGGCAGAGUUGUGGUUCUCAGGGGAAGCACUGGAUUCGAAUGGAAAUUCAACCAGAUAUGUUGGUGCAUUCUCUAAAAAUGACAGUGGACCCAUCAGAUAGCAGCUACACACCCUCCCUUGUUGUUGUCAGUGGAGGGGACUCAUUCACUGCCAUGAAUGAACUAGCCACCAUUAACAUUCGUAAUACAGACACAGUGGUAUCACUUUUAUCUGAUUUGAAAGAGUAUUAUUCUUGUAUUGAGAUUGCAAUCAAACAAUGCAAAAAUGGUGGCAUAGAUUGUAAAAUUCAUGCUUUAAAUGUAAUUGGCAAAAAGCGAACAACGGAGGGCCAAUUACCAACUGCAUUAUCUUUCCUGGCAUCAGAUAACGAUGAUAUUCAGGACACAAGUAUAUUUGCAACUCAGCAGAAAGGACAUGUAAUGGAUUCUAGACCAGAGUUGCACACUAAAGUAUUAGUGUGGGGACUUAAUGAUAAGGACCAGCUGGGAGGAUUGAAAGGUUCCAAGGUGAAGCUGCCUGUAUCUUCUGAAGCCUUAUCUGCUCUCAAACCCAUUCAUAUCGCAGGAGGAUCCAAAUCCCUUUUUGUUGUUUCUCUUGAAGGAAAACUGUUUGCAUGUGGAGAGGGUACCAAUGGUCGUUUGGGUCUCGGACAUUGUAAUAAUGUCUCAGUGCCACGUCAGCUCACAGCAUUAAGUCAAUAUGUGGUCAAGAAGGUGGCAGUUCACUCAGGAGGUAAACAUGCAAUGGCUCUCACCUUGGAUGGCAAGGUUUUCUCUUGGGGUGAAGGGGAGGAUGGUAAAUUGGGACACAACAAUCGACUGAGCCUUGACAAGCCACGUUUGAUUGAGAGUUUAAAGUCAAAACGUAUCCGAGACAUUGCUUGUGGAAGUUCGCACAGUGCUGCCAUCACAUCUAAUGGGGAGCUUUAUACUUGGGGACUUGGAGAGUAUGGGAGGCUGGGGCAUGGAGACAAUGUAACACAGCUAAAACCAAAGCUGGUGAAGUCCUUGCUGGGUCACCGCAUUGUUCAUGUUGCUUGCGGGAGCCGGGAUGCACAGACGCUUGCCCUCUCAGAUGAGGGACUGGUAUUUUCGUGGGGUGACGGAGACUUUGGGAAAUUGGGCCGAGGUGGCAGUGAGGGAUGCAAUACUCCACACAAUAUCGAGAGACUCAAUGGCAUGGGAGUUUGUCAGAUUGAGUGUGGAGCCCAAUUUUCCCUUGCCCUUACUAAAUAUGGCCAGGUUUGGACUUGGGGCAAAGGAGACUAUUUUCGUUUGGGGCAUGGCACAGAUCAGCAUGUAAGGAAACCAACGCUAGUUGAAGGGUUGAGAGGCAAGAAGAUUGUUCAUGUAGCAGUAGGUGCUCUCCACUGCCUUGCUGUCUCAGACACAGGCCAAGUGUAUGCAUGGGGUGACAAUGACCAUGGACAGCAGGGCAAUGGUACAACCAUUGUGAAUCGUAAACCAGCUCCUGUGCAUGGUUUAGAAGAUGUGCAUGUAAACCGUGUGGCUUGUGGGUCCUCUCACUCCAUUGCGUGGACUACAUUUAACAUGCAGCUACCCAACAUGCAUGAGCCAGUACUCUUUGUUUCUUCAAAUGACCCGCUUGGAGCAUCUACACUAGGUAUUUUUGAAAGUGGAGCUGAAGAUAAAAGUCAAGUUCAACAGACUAAUAACACUGCCAACAACUCUCCUCAUGUCUCCCUGUCUCAAAUUAUCUUGUCGUUGGAUUCAAACAUUUCCAAGCAGCAUGCACUGCAACAUGUGUUGAAUGCCCUUCAAGUUUUACAUGCUAGAGACGCAGUUGUAGCAGCACUUUCUAGCCAUUCCAACAUUGCAGGUUUUACUUCAGGUGGACCUACAGUUAAGGUUCGAACUCCUGAUAGUCCACCGGAAGGGCUGGCUAGUCACAGUUCAUCUAACCCUCUUUAUGAAGAUGGUUUGGAAAUUGCUCAGGGUGGAGGAGAGGCACCAGCAUCUGUGGCAGAAGCCGUGGGGCUAAGUUCCCACAGUACACCAGAAAGUGAACAGAGCCCAAUGGCAGCAUUCCCGUCUAUGUCAAGUUCUGUCAGUCUCUCCUCCAGAGCCUCAAAGUUAUCAGCCAGUGCAAUGAGUGUCAUUGCUGCCACCAUGACAUCCAAUGCUCAGGUUGUUGGUCAAACCGAAGAGGCUGAUCCCUUGCAUCCAAAUCUGGAUGAUUUCACCAGUCUUUUGGGUCAAGAUGAUGCACGUAUGUUAGUAGACCUCCUUAAAUUGGCUGUGGCUGGCAGAGCUAUAGAUACAGCUAAAGAAACUAUAGUCAGUGUUUUAGUUGCAAUGGGAAGUUCUUGCACUGACAUCCGGGACAUGUUAUUGGAACUGUGUGUGACAGAACUGGAAGAUGUAGCUCUGAACACACACUCAAUACACUUGGCCCCUCAGCCCGUAAUACAGGAGAGCAGUCACCCCUACACUGAUGAUGCAACUCUGUCUGGCCAUGUAAAGAUCUCAGGCGUAAAAGGUCUGCGGGUUGAAUUUGAUCGACAGUGUUCAACUGAAAGACGUCAUGACCCUCUAACAAUUAUGGAUGGUACUGGGCGAACUGUGUCUAUUCGAUCAGGUCGAGAAUGGAGUGAUUGGUCCACAGAGAUUCGUAUUACAGGUGAUGAGUUGCGCUGGAGGUUUACUAGUGACAGCUCUGUAAAUGGUUGGGGCUGGAGGUUUACAGUGUACCCCAUUGUGACAUAUGCUGGGCCCCAUGAACUAGGGUCAGAUCGAGCCAUUCUCUCACAGCCUUCUGUAGAACUUGUGAUGUGUCUUCUUGAUGCCCGAUUGGUGCUGAGUUCAGACAGAAACCUCAUAACACGCCUGGCAACAGCAUUGGCCUCUUGUGCUCAACUCAGUUCUCUUGCGGCAUCACAGCGGAUGUGGGCUCUGCAGAAGUUGCGUAAGUUGAUGGUGUCCAGGCUCGGCAAACUACUAAACAUUCCAGCCUUGCUGAAAAUGGAACAAGGUCUAAAUACUGAUUCAGCUCUGCCAACCUUAGUGAAGGGCUUGCCUCAGGCAUUGUUACGACAGUAUGAGUAUGAGGAUCCUGCUGUUCGCAGUGGCAAGCACCUGAUGCAUAGUUCAUUCUUUAAGGUACUUGUUGCCUUGGCAUGUGACUUGGGUCUUGACUCUCUGCCUUGCUGUUCAGAGAACCACAAGUGGUCAUGGUUCAGACGCUACUGUAUGGCUGCUCGAGUUGCAGCAUCACUUGUCAACCGCACUGCUUUGCCCCAUGGUUUUUGCAUAGAGGUGCGGAAGAAAAUAACUGAGAUGAUUCCAGAGUGUGAUACCACAGUGUGGGACCAUGAAAACAAUGAAAUGUUCAAACAAGCACAUGAUGAACAGCUGCUGCUCUGGUUACACAGACGUCCGGAGGAUUGGACACUCUCCUGGAGUGGCAGUGGUACCAUCUAUGGUUGGGGACACAAUCACAGGGGACAGUUGGGAGGUGUUGAAGGGGCCAAAGUGAAACUCCCUACUCCCUGUGAAGCUCUGUCAGCUCUGAGACCUGUGCAGCUGCUUGGAGGGGAGCAGACACUGAUGGCAGUCACUGCUGAUGGCAAAGUAUAUGCUACAGGUUAUGGUGCUGGGGGAAGACUUGGUAUUGGAGGGACUGACUCUGUCAUGGUGCCUACCCUAUUGGAAUCCAUCCAACAUGUCUUCAUUAAAAAGGUGGCUGUUAAUUCAGGAGGGAAGCACUGUUUGGCUUUGUCAGCAGAAGGAGAAGUGUAUUCUUGGGGAGAGGGUGAUGAUGGGAAACUGGGACAUGGCAACAGAAGUUCCUGUGAGCGCCCGCGGGUGAUCGAGGCUUUACGAGGCAAGGAGAUCAUAGACAUUGCAUGUGGAGGAGCCCACUCAGCAGCCAUCACCUGCAAUCGUGAGGUCUAUACUUGGGGAAAGGGUCGAUAUGGGAGACUUGGGCAUGGGGACAGUGAGGACCAGCUCAAACCAAAAGUGGUUGAAGCACUGCUUGGUUACCGAGUGAUGGACAUUGCAUGUGGCAGUGGAGAUGCUCAGACUCUGUGCAUUACUGAUGAUGACAAUGUAUGGUCAUGGGGAGAUGGUGAUUAUGGUAAAUUGGGACGUGGAGGCUCUGAUGGUUGUAAGAUUCCUAUGAAAAUUGAGUCACUGGCUGGUCUUGGGGUGAUAAAAGUGGAGUGUGGAUCGCAGUUUUCUGUGGCACUUACUCGCUCUGGCAGUGUCUACACAUGGGGGAAGGGUGAUUAUCACCGGUUAGGUCAUGGCACAGAUGAUCACGUUAGAAGACCACGCAAAGUAGCUGCUCUCCAAGGAAAGAAAAUAAUAUGCAUAGCUACUGGGUCACUUCACUGUGUUGCAUGCAGUGAUCAGGGAGAAGUGUACACUUGGGGUGACAACGAUGAAGGUCAACUUGGUGAUGGAACAACCAAUGCUAUUCAGAGACCAAGGCUUGUGGUUGCAUUGCAGGCAAAGAAGAUAACACAGGUGGCAUGUGGUUCAGCCCAUACACUGGCAUGGAGCACAAACAAACCUGUAUCUGCCAGCCGCCUACCAGUUAGCACACCUUUGGAAUAUGAUUUGGUUCGGGACUUCCCGCUGCCUACUUUACGCAACCGUCUUGUUCUCCUGCACCACUUCUCUGAACUCUUUUGUCCUGGUGUUGCCAUGUUCCCCAUAGAUGGAGAGGGUAGCUUAGAUAAACUCCGAGGAAUACUUGUAUCAUCAACAAAGGAAGCAGCUUUUAAAAAAGUCAUACAGGCUACAAUGGUACGUGACCGACAGCAUGGGCCAGUUAUUGAACUGAAUCGAAUUCAAGUAAAGCGGUCUCGCAGCAAGGGUGGCCUAGCAGGACCAGAUGGGAUCAAAUCAGUGUUUGGUCAGAUGGUCACUAAAAUGUCGCUUCUCGCCCAGGAGGCUUUGUUCCUUCCUCAUCGUGUUUGGAAAGUAAAAUUUGUUGGCGAAAGUGUAGACGACUGUGGAGGUGGCUACAGUGAGAGCAUCACGGAGAUGUGUGACGAGUUGCAGAACGGCUCCCUUCCAUUGCUGAUACCAACACCUAAUGGUAGAGAUGAUGCAGGAACCAACAGAGACUGCUUCUUGCUCAGUCCGAUGGCCAAAUCACCAUUACACAUGAAUAUGUUCAGAUUUUUAGGUGUUAUGAUGGGAAUAGCCAUAAGGACAGGGAGUCCACUGAGCCUGAAUCUUGUUGAACCUGUAUGGAAGCUAUUGGCAGGAAUGACUCUUACACCUGCAGAUCUCACAGAGGUGGACCGGGACUAUGUCCCAGGACUUCUGUGCAUUCGGGACAUGGAACCAGAUACAAAAGUGUUCCAGACAUUAGAAAUGCCAUUUUCCACACCCUCAGCAUAUGGGAAUGAAGUACCUCUCUCCACUCGAUACCACCGCAUCAUGCCCGACAACAGGCUUGAAUAUGUGCGUCUUGCACUCAAUUAUAGGCUUCAUGAGUUUGAUGAACAAGUGUCUGCAGUUCGGGAAGGAAUGGCAAAAGUUAUUCCAGUUCCACUGCUGUCUCUGUUCAGCGGUUAUGAACUUGAAACAAUGGUUUGUGGUUCUCCUGACAUUCCACUCAACCUUCUCAAGUCUGUGGCCACUUACAAAGGUGUUGAUGUAAAUGCUUCACUUAUUCAAUGGUUCUGGGAUGUUAUGGAGGAAUUCACAAACCAAGAACGGUCACUCUUCUUGCGUUUUGUAUGGGGAAGAACUCGUCUCCCACAGACCAUUGCAGACUUCAGAGGACGUGAUUUUGUACUUCAGGUCCUCGAUAAGUACAACCCUCCUGACCAUUUCCUGCCAGAGAGUUAUACUUGUUUCUUCUUGCUGAAGAUGCCACGAUAUUCAUGUAAGGCUGUUCUCAGAGAGAAACUUAAAUAUGCUAUUCACUUCUGCAAAUCAAUUGACACAGAUGAAUAUGCCAGAGUUGCAAUGCCAGGAAGUGGUGGAGCCUCCAGCAAUUGUGAUAGUGAUGAACUGGAGAGCAUAGCUAGUGAUCAUGCAGCAUCAAUAUGAAUGAUGGCUUUCACUGUACAACGAUAUUCCACUGAUGUUUGUACUGUGCUUGUGUGUGCACAAAAUGAUGCAUUCUCAAGAAAACAGAUAAUGGUUCUAGCAGUUCAUGAACAUGAAGCUAAUGCAUGUGGGAAGGGAAGCAGCAUCUACAGUGUGUGUCAACAAACAGCCAAGUUAAAGUUGUGAUGUGUGUGGCUGUCCAAGAUUUCUGUAUACUCAAAAACGGAGCUUCCAUGAGAGAAAGUAAAAAUACUGGUAGAGUUUUAUUUUAAAAUGCCAUCAUAUUCCAUCCAUAAGAUUUCAACACAGACGGGAGUUCAUGAGACAUAGGCAAGUCUUAUUACUGAAUUAAUGAUAGUCAUUCACAGUCUACAUUCAAAUGUCAGAAUUUUGUUAUUUAAACCAUCUCCUCUGUAGUGAAAUUCAGUGUUAUAUAAAAAAAUUAAUAUUAACUUGAACCAUGUUGUUUGUAAUAUCACACACAAAACUCUUAUCUGUAACCACACAUAUGCAUUGGCUGACAAACCAAACUUUUGGAAAUGAACAUUAAAUGAUGGUGUAUACAGGCAGAUAUUGUCAUGUUGUGGUCCAAGAAACCAACACAGAUGUAAGGGUAAUUCAGAUUUGACCUGGAAUUUUGAUCAUAGCAUGUCAGUAAAUCAUCUUACAUGUUUCACAUAAUUCAGUGUCCUCAAGGUAUAAAGUCACAAUGAUAGACUACAGUCAACAGACUAUAUAUUUAGACUGUGCAAAAAUUAUACAAGCCCAUAUCAUUGCCUAUGAGAAACAGUGAAAUUUUCAGGUCAGAUUUGAAUGUCCCCCCAUAUGUCCAUCCAAGUUAAUCUUGUUAUUAAAACUUUCUGAAAUUUAGGUUUGUUACAAAGAACAGUAUUGUUCAUGGUUCACCAAUAAUCAAUUAAAAUGCCAAUUAUAACGUAAAUUUGUUAAAAAUCUAAGAAGACCAUAGCAUUUGUAAUUAUAUGAUUUUAAAUCUAAUCCCAAAUGACAAA